AUGCCUUCGCUCCUGCUGGAACGCGCCGACUCCAGCGGCAAAUCGCGCAUCGACCCAACGCACGACCAGCGCACCACCAUCAUCGUCGCGUGCGCGUACGCCGUCGCCAUUGUCAUCCUCUGGAAUGUACCUAUCCUCAACUACCUGCUUUACCCGUUCAAGCUGCUCACCGUCGGAUUCCACGAGUUUUCACAUGCCGCCGUGGGGCUCUGUACAGGAGCCAAGAUCGAGUCCAUCACCCUCGAGCCCAACGAGGGCGGCGCGACACGCAUGCGCGGUGGCAUUCCUUGGCUCACGCUCCCCGCCGGCUACCUCGGCUCGUCGUUCAUCGGUGCCGCCUUGAUUGCAUGCGGGUUCGACGAGCGCGCCUCCAAAGUGGCCAGCAUCGUCGUCGGCGUCUUCUUUCUGUUCACGCUCUGGUGGGCGAGGCGCGACUGGCUCACCUGGGUGCUCAUCCUCGUCAUGAUCGGUCUCUUUGUGCUCUUCUGGCUCGUAGCGGGAAGCAUCGCCUUGCGCUACUUUGUGCUCUUCAUCGGCGUCAUGAAUUGUCUCUAUUCCGUUUGGGACAUCUGCGACGAUCUCAUCUUCAGGAAGGUCAACGAAUCCGACGCCAGCGCCUUCAGCAAAGUUGUCGGCGGCGCCCCGCAGUUCUGGGGCUUCGUAUGGCUGCUCAUUUCGAUAGCCUUCUUUGGUGCAGGCAUCGUCGUCGGCAUCGUGGCGUUCAAGACGCCAGUGGCUCAGCAGCAGGCAAGCAACUUUUUGGACGUCAAUCUGAAGCGUUCGGUCAUUCUUUCCGAGUUUGGACUCUAG